AUGACGCAAGGGCCCCGCCUCCCCCUCGUGUGUCAUGUUUACAACUUCGAUGAGGAAGAUGAAGCGGAACUAUUCUUCUAGUCACGCAAAUAGAAAAAAAACACAGCAAUCAGGUGUUUUAUGAGCUACAGGCGCUCAUGAUCAAGGGAAAUCCAAACCUGUGACCUCACUCUUUUGCCUGAGAUGCUGAUGCAUAGCUACUUUCCUGCCCCAUCUUUCCUGUGUGGCCCACAUCGCCUUCAAGCCCCAUCUCUCCUGACACUCCUGGGGAAGAAGAGAAAGAAACACAGAGGAUGAGAGGAGGGGAGAGCGAGGAUGAAGAAUAUAUGGAGAAGAUUUGAGCUCUUCACAGCUUCUCUUUCCUGGGCCUUCCAGCAGCAGGCCGUACCGCCAAAGUACCAGUACCGCGAUCCCGUGACAUCUGACCUCCUGCUGUGCGACCAGUGCCCUCCUGGCACAGCAGUGAAGCGACACUGCACCGCUGCCGCACCCACAGAGUGCCAGGCCUGUCCUGAGAGGCAUUUUGCUGAGAACUGGCACUGGGGGGAUACGUGCCAAUACUGCACCUCGGUUUGCAAAGAGAGACAGCUUGUGAAGCAGCAGUGCAACAGCACUCACGACCAGCUGUGUGAGUGCGCUCCAGGUUUCCACCUAGUGGUGGAGUUCUGCAUCACACACAGUACCUGUCCACCUGGCUAUGGAGUGACAGCUUUAGGUACACCGGUCAGUGACACAGUGUGUGAACGUUGUCCCGCUGGUCAUUUCUCCAGCGGCGACUCCACCACUGAGCCAUGUCAGCCCCUCAGAAACUGCUCCGAUUUGGGCUUGAAGACACUGAGAUGGGGCACGUCCACCUCAGACAGCCUCUGCGGCACUCAGGACAAGACGGCAAUGCUGGAUUGUGCUCAGCCUCACACUUUGUGCCACACUGACGUGACCUUGUGUGAGGAGGCAGUCUUCCAGUCUCUUUCCUCCCUGCGACUGUCCUCGGUGCCCCUGGAGCAGCUGUUAGAGAGUCUCCCCGGGCGUAGUGUGGAUCGUAAGAGCCUGGAGAGACUGAAAAAGGCCUGCUCUCCCCAGCAGCAGGUCCUCCAGCUGCUGCGACUGUGGAGGGAGCAGAACAAAGACCAGGACAAGAUGUACAGCAUCAUACAAGGUGUGAACCACUGUGAGAGGAAAGUCUCUCGCUGCAACGGCCUAAAAAACCUGACCCUAGGUGAUCUCCUGAAGGUAACUAACAGCCUGCCGGGGGUCAGAGUUCAGCAGGAGGAUGUCCGGGCCGUGGUCUCUACUUGCCUGCCCAGGCAGUACAUCCUGCAGCUUCUUCACCUCUGGAAGACUGCAAACUAUGACCUGGAUCUAGCCAAAGGCCUGUCUCACAGUCUGAGGGUGCUACGCAGCCAGGGGGCGCCACGCCAUCUGCUGAAAGUCUUGAAGAAGAUCAGCCGCAUCAUAGGAACCACCUCAGCGCACAAGAUAUAUGAGAAGAUGUUUGUCAGCGUGCUUCACGAUGAGUCCUGUUUUAAGGCUCAUAAGCCAUUAAAUGAAUAGGGAUUUGGGAGGUUCAAAUAGGAACAUAUGGUAUCUAUAGCAUAAACAGACACUAAUGCAUUGUCAGAUAAAGAACACACAAACACAUAAAGACACACCCUUAGUGGAGAAAUGUAUCUGAAAGAGUAACAGACAUUUAAGAUAUCACCAAAUGACAUCAAGCUAUGCAUAAAGUGCCUAACUGUAACACAGGGGCAUGAUGGGAGGGUAGAUUUGUCGCUGUUUCUCUGAUUUUCCAGCCAAACCCUCUGCCAAAAUAAGGCUGUUUUGAUUAUAUGAGGUAACAGGGGAUGCUAAUAAUUCCACCCUCAGUCUACAGUAUGUGUCUGCAGUGAUUAAUCUAAUAAGCCUCAAAAGAAAGAAAGAAAAACUAUCACACAUCUCUGUACUCCAGGCAGGCUGAAAAAGAAAAAAAGGUUUCCUGGGAACUUUAUGACCGGAGUCUGUGAAAAAUGAAAAACUAUUUAAGAUGUAAAUAGCACACUAUUUUAUGAAAGAUAGGCAGGCAGAUGUUGCGUUUUUUAUUAUUAUGCUUUCUCGCUGAUUAAGAGGAAGGAUUUGGUUUCAUAAUGAAAUACAUGUAUUUCCUACAGUUUCCCUUUGUUUGUUGGUUUGUUCUGGACUGCUGGCAAGUAAAGCGCAUCUGAAUUAUUGUUAAAUUGUCAGCUAUAUGAAUGUACAAAGGAGUGCAAUUGUUUUCUAUUUAAAAAAAUAAUUCUACUUUCUGAAUAUGUAAAGGCUUGUUUUUUUUAUUACUAUCAGAAAUACUGGAUUCCAAAUGCUGCAAGUUUGUGAAGUGAUAUUUGUUUUAUAUUUUGUUUUAUCACUUUUAUAUUAUUAAAUGUACGAUCUUUUUGUAUAUAUGCUUGACUGGUCCUCUUUAAGCUCGAAUAACUUGUGAACACUAAGUCAAUUUAUCUGAUUAAAAUCAGUUUGUAAAAA